AUGGAGGACGGUUCAUCGCCUUCUAGACGACCAUAUAUUAGAUUGACAUCAUUUCUCAACAAUGUCACAAAAAAUGCGGGUGAUGAAGUACGAUUUAAAUGUGAAGCUGCUGGUAAUCCAUUACCACUUCAAUUUAGCUGGUUGAAAAAUCAUGCACCGGUGGAAAAAAAUCGUAAGACGAAAAUAAAGAAUCGUGAAUAUUGGUCACGUUUGGUCAUCACUGAUUUAGAGGUUCUGGACAGUGGAUAUUAUCAGUGUGUUGUUAGCAAUUCUUUUGCAAGUGUUAAUACCACUGCCGUUCUUAGGAAUUAG